AUGCAAGACCAUGUGAAAGAUGUGAUGGGGCCUGGGGUUCCGAUUUUGGCUUGGGAAAUGGAAGAUGAGGUGGUGGAUGAAUGUUUGUGCCACACGAAUCACUUUGAUGAGGAGUUCCUAAGAGAUAUUCUGCAGCAGCCACAAGAGGCCCUUGUUGCUGCUCCAGAUCUUAAUACCUUUGGUGAGACAAGCUUUCCAGGUGGUGGCAACUUCAUGAUGAAGAACAGUAACUCAUACUCAUCCAUCAUGAACAAGCCAACGUCAUCCCCAACCACUUAUGUACUGUCUUUUGACAAAUCCGCUGAACCUCAUCCUUGGAAAGAUGUCUCCCACGACCAAUUGCCCUUGUCCACGGCAAGGACCAACCAGGGAACCAAGAAGACUCGAAGCGCUUCUGAAUCAAUGGAUCACAUCAUUUCAGAGAGAAAUAGGAGACAGGAUCUCACCAGGAAAUUCAUAGCACUUGCUUCCACUAUCCCUGGCUUAAAGAAGAUGGACAAGGCCCAUGUACUAAGAGAAGCAAUCAAUUAUGUGAAACAACUUCAAGAACGUGUGGAAGUGCUAGAAGAAGAUAUCCAGAAGAACGGUGUGGAAUCAGCGAUAACCAUAUCAAGAUCUCAUCUCUGCAUUGAUGACACCAACAGUGAUGAAUGCAAUGGCUCCAAUGAAGCAGUUCCUCCUGAAGUUGAAGCCAGAGUCUUAGGGAAGCAAGUGUUGAUCAAAAUUCACUGUGGCAAACAAAAGGGAAUUCUGCUCAAAAUAAUGUCUCAGCUUGAACGUCUUCAUCUCUUCAUAUCCACCAGCAAUGUUUUGCCACUUGGAAUUACCCUUGACAUCACCAUUAUUGCUCAGAUGGGUGACAAAUACAACAUGGUAGUGCAGGACCUAGUGAAAGAACUGAGACGAGUGGUUUUGAAAGUAAGUUACCUAAGAGGCACUGGGGAAAGAUACAAUGUUUUGAAUAGAGAAGGUCUGAUUGAAGCAGGAAAAAAUGAGGAGAAAGGGUGUUGGAAUAAUGAGCGGAGUGAUGAGUUGGAUGGUGGUGUCGCAGAGUGGCCAUGCACGCGUGGAAGAUGUUGGGAAGCACUCCAUGAUAUGAUGCACUGGGUCGCGAAAGAGCCAUUGUUGUCAACUUGGAACGCGUCAAAGUCAUCAUCACUGCCUCUGAGAUACUCAUCAUCGACUCCUCCAACCCUUCCUUUCUUGCCUUCCUUCAAGAUCUUCACACCCGUCUUACUCACCAAACAACCUCCACGUCCACAGAAUAUUGUGACAGGCUCACCAACUUCUACGCAGUUACCUUUUGAAUUUGGAGUACUUGAGGCGUGUAUUGAAUCUGCAUGCAGGUGCCUUGAAUCUGAUAAUGCGGAGUUGGACAAUUCACGGGGAAACCAUUUAUUCAUGGGGAUCCCUUUUGCCAAUUUUGCAAAGCCACACAAAUGCUCCACUACACAAAUUGAGAGUAGACUGGUAUGUGAAGGUUUACAGGUAGCAGAUGAACUGGAAAAUUUGUUGGACGACAAUAAUGACAUGGCUGACAUGUACUUGACCCAAAAGCUUAAUGAUCGUUUAUUUGAUCAGACAUCAUUAAAAGAAGGGUACAAUUCCGAAGUUGAAGACAUUGAUGAAAGGUAA